AUGACUCAAAUCUUCACGCCCAACAAAUUGCACGGCUCCUAUGAUAAUAUAAACCAGUCGUACGGUUCCUCUGACAAUAUAAACCAGUUGCACGGCUCCUAUGAUAAUAUAAACCAGUCGUGCGGUUCCUCUGACAAUAUAAACCAGUCGUACGGUUCCUCUAACAAUAUAAACCAGUUGUACGGUUCCUCUGAUAAUAUAAUCCAGUCGUACGGUUCCUCUGACAAUAUAAACCAGUCGUACGGUUCCUCUGACAAUAUAAACCAGUCGUACGGUUUCUCUGACAAAAUAAACUACUUGUAUGGUUCCUAUGACAAAAUAAACCAGUCGUCUCGUAAUGCAGCAGAAAACGACCGUGUUGUGUAUAAAUAG